AUGGAACCCAGAGGCCUCCACCUACAUCCAGGAACGGGUGUCAUCAGCGGUACUCCCGUGCUAGCUGCUGAGGACAGGAGAUACUCCAUCAAGGCUCGGAGGCAUGAAGCGAAGACCUCUUCCAUAAAUUACACUGUUCUUGCUUGCACCAUUUCCUUCAUGAAGGUGGAUGAUGCGCAGGAUGACAGUCAAUGCGAGGAGGUAUCAAUGUCCAUCAACGAGGACUUCGCAACCCGUGUGGAGUGUGUCUGUGAGAUUGGGGACAUGUUACCAGAGCCGUGCAGAACUAGGGCCUAUGGCGACUGGAUGAUUUGGAUGGUCCAUCGAGCUUGGUUGGACGAUCCUUCGCUGACGGAGCUCAACUUCAGCAACAUGCAUAUGCCACCACCGCACGUCGAGCGACGAAUUGCUCCCAAGCUGAUGGACGCGAUGGCAAGGAACACCCACCUGGAGAAGCUCACGCUUUCCAACUCCAACCUUGUGAAGGCAUCAGGAGUUCAGCUCGCCGGCGCUUUACGCUCCAACUCUUCGCUCAGAACUCUGAACCUGGAGAGCAACUGGCUGGACUCCAAUGCAGUGCGAGAGCUGGCUGUGGCAGUCAAGGAGAGUCUCAAUAGCAAGAUUGAGUGCCUACGUUUCUCGCACCAGAAGCAGAUGGGACAGUUCUUCGGAAGGCCGACUGAGGAAGCAGUCGGGCAAAUGAUGCAAAGCAACGACACCAUCGUGAAGCUCGGCUUCGAAUGUGAUGAUGCGCACUGGCGGAAUGAAAUUGACCGGGCGCUAUUGCGAAACAAUGACUCCUGGAGACGGGGCCUUCAGCAGACCUCUUCGGAGGCUUUGCCAACAGCAGAGGAACACUCCCUCGGGCGAAUACAUCUCGUGCAUCGGCCAGACGCUUCGACCAGCGAGGUACGGAGCCGCUUUUGCACCUUGUGCGACUACUUGGACAGCAACAAGAAGCUCCCGACAACCUCGCAGCUGCAGAACAGCACGCGGAACAGCGGCCAGCAGAUUUCAUAUGCAAAAGCUGCCCCAAUGAUCAAGGAACUUCGGUCAUGGAUGCUGGAUCAUGCCCUCAACAAGAUGGUGGAAGUUCUCGAUGUCUUUGAGACUCCGACAUCCGGCAUCCUGCGUCAAUGGAGCUCCAGCCAUGAUCACUGGAUGGUUGAAAUCUGGGUGGACGACAGGAGGUGCACAUUCCGCAGCUCCAGAGAACCAGCUAUGUCUGUGUCGGACGAUUGGGUCAGUUGGCUUCGUGCCCAGCAUGACCCUAGCAUGCAUAUUGGGCUGCCGGAGAGUCAAGCCGGCGCAUAA